AUGGACACCGUCCGUCGCUUUUCGAAGCGCAUUCGCGCACGAGCUUCUGCCACUCCAACUCCGGAGAGCACAUCACAGCCCCUUCCGCCUGCCCCUACGGGGCCCACUCCGUCCGGUCGACAGGCCUCUUCGCAACCGAAACGUCGGAAGCUUCAGAAGAAGCCCCCGGGCACUUCGAAGCCCAAGCCGCAGGUGUCAACAAUGAAGCCGAUUGGGGAAUACCCAUCGGCCGCGGAAUACCGCGGUGCUGGCGUUACGCCGCCGUCGACUCAGCGCGUCGCGACAGUACCAGAUGCCCGCGAAACUGAGCGCGAGCUCAGCGGGGCAGAGACCCCGAUAGUAGACAAGAGCCCUGCAGAAGAUACCGUCGAAGAAGCAGACAUCGCAGUCGCCGCAGAUCUCGCACCUCCGGCCAACGAUCUCGGUCCCGCAUUUUCUCCUCCCGAUCCCAGCACGAACAACUCCGACUUCAUAACCGUCCUGGACUCCCUUCCUCUUCCUACCUCCGACAAGUUCAACCUCCCAAAACUCAAGUACACCGUGAAGAUCGCCGUCAACCAUGCAAUUGCAGGCGGCCACGCCCAAUCCGCUCUCGCGCUUCUCUACUUCUGGUCCAAUGCCAUCGAGGAUGACUUUCGUCUCUCUUUGAUUGCCAACUUGGGAGGUGGCGAGAUAGCCAAUGACGAGCUGCGUCUAGCUUUUCUCAGCAUUCUCAAUGGCUCCUACGAAGAUGCGCGCAAGUGGUAUCAGACCUACGUCGACACCGGCGUUGCACGUCUCCCUGACAUGCCCUCCGGGGACGACGAAGAGUCAAGCUUGUCAUCUGUCAAGUCCGUUGAGCAAGGACCAUCUUUCAAAAUCUCCGACAUGUAUCGCGAUACGAGUGGUGCCCGGCCUGAGGAACUGUUUGCGAGCGGCAAGACCAACACUGCGCCGCUUAAGCGGCCCAAGAAAGCAUGCCCAGUCAACGAGAAAACUUUCAGGCGCAAGCGCGGAUGGGAAGCAGAUCCCGACCUGGAAGAAAACCUGCGGGCCAAGCGCCGUGAAUACGAAGGGCACAACAUCCAUGAUAAUGCUCCAGUCGUCCAAUACAGCGCAUGCCGCGAUGAACGGGGACCCCCAGAUGCCAUUGAGCAUCCCUACACAUUUGAUGAUACACCUGAAAUCCACCGUUCUCGAUCCCUCCCCGUCCGCGCUGGCGGAGGAUCAAUUCUCGACUUGCCUCUUCAUGGAGAGAAGAUAAAGGCGCCCUCUAUCGUGUCUUCUGGCAAUUCUCGUUUGAUUAAGUUGACUAAAUCACGACGCCAGAGCCUGAAGAAAACUCUCCCCGAUGAUACGCAGCGCGCACGGUCGCUCUCUGUUGACACGACCGUCUCCAGCCUUUCCUCACUUUCCAACUCCGUUUAUUCCAUGCGUUUCAAUGACUGGGCUGCCGACCACGAACCGCGCUGCAUGCCGAAUUCCAUUGAGCCCCCUGAGAAUAGUGACAACUGCCACCACUGUGGAAAGGGCGGCGAGUUGCUCUGCUGCGACACAUGCGACAAUGCAUUCCACUUCCACUGCCUAGAUCCUCCCUUGGAUCCCAAGAAUCCUCCCCAGGGCGAGUGGCACUGCCCCAAGUGCUCGAUUCGCAACAGUUUUUCAACUUUGAUUGCGCACUCCAAGCACUUCAAAAAGACCGAGUUCCAAGUGCCCCAGUCCAUCAAAGACACAUUCGAGGGCGUGCAAGAGGGAAUCGUGUUCGAUCGCGACUAUGCCCGCAACCCGAAGCACCAGCGCUACUACAAGCCUGCGCCCCACCUGCCGCGGCUGACUAAAGCUCCCAAGCAAGAUGGCCCUACCAUCUACGCGAACCCGCAACUCCUGCGUGAAACCGACGCGAAGGGAGAUCUCAUCCGCUGCUCCAAGUGUAGUUUUACCUCAGGUAAUACUCGCCCCAUUAUCACCUGUGAUUAUUGCCCUUGUCGGUUUCAUUUGGAUUGUCUUGAUCCACCCCGCGCACAUCCCCCUAACCCCAAAGUCGGGUGGAUGUGUCCCAACCAUGUUACUCCUGAGGAUAUGAUUGCCACCAAAGAGGUCGAUGGAAUCUCGCGCUUCCGUCGUGUGCGCCGUUCCAAGAACAUGAAGUUCAUUGAUUGUGACAUUCGCCUCCCUGAUGACCCCAACCAAAGUAUUUUCGAUGACGACUGGAAAGAACGUCGUGCUCGUUUCUGUGCCGGCGACGUCGUCCUCAACUUCAUCAGUACUGUCAAAGAUGACAAUUUCGAACGUCAAACCAAGUAUGCCAACAACGUUGAGCAGAAGUGCCUGGACCUGAGCAAGAAAAUUGCCGAAGACUACUUCACCCGUCAUGGUUUGACCGGAGCAUCCGACGCCCAGUCCAUGACCAACCUGCCCCCCGACCUGAAGCAGCAAAUCUCAUCUUCCGUCCGCGGAAUGAUCUCCGGGGCCCCAGUCUCCACCGCUGACUUCGACGCUGCCUCUGUCCUCCUCAGCCUCUCCCGAGCUGAGCCCCAAGCUUCGAGCGAAAGCCACGAAAGCCACACGGUCGAUCUCACCUCGCCAAAGGCCGGCUCUCGCGUCGAUGAAGGCAUCGCCAUCGAAUCUUCUCAUGUCACCUCCCCUCCCCCACUGAAUGGCCCCCAAAGCCCCAACGCCACCUCCCAUGCAUCCCAGCAGUCAGAGUACGCCGACUCCGAUAUCUUACCCCGGAUCCCAGUCUUCACCUCCGCAAUGUUCAAUCGCAACAAGCGAUCCCGCGCCGACGACAAGGACCAAGAUGUCAUCGAGGAACCGGCGCAGAAGCGUCUGCACACCUCGGACACCGAGUAA